GCUCCGAGGGCGCGAGACAUGGUGCGCGGCAGAAUCUCCCGGCUCUGGGUGCGGGACGUGCGCUUCCCCACGUCGCUCGGGGCGCACGGCUCGGACGCCAUGCACACAGACCCUGACUACUCAGCUGCCUAUGUCGUCUUAGAGACUGAUGCAGAAGAUGGACUCAAGGGAUAUGGAAUUACCUUCACUCUGGGAAAAGGCACCGAAGUUGUUGUCUGUGCUGUGAAUGCUCUUGCCCACCACGUGCUCAACAAGGACCUCAGCGACAUUGUCGCCAACUUCAGAGGCUUCUACAGGCAGCUCACAAGUGAUGGGCAACUCAGAUGGAUCGGUCCCGAGAAAGGUGUUGUGCAUCUGGCCACAGCGGCUGUUCUCAAUGCAGUGUGGGACCUGUGGGCCAAGCAGGAGGGAAAGCCUCUGUGGAAGCUGCUUGUUGACAUGGAUCCCAAGACGCUGUUAUCCUGCAUAGAUUUCAGGUACAUCACUGACGUCCUGACCGAGGAGGAAGCCUAUGAAAUACUGAAGAAAGGUCAAGUUGGUAAAAAAGAGAGAGAGGAGCACAUGGUGACACAUGGCUACCCUGCCUACACCACAUCGUGUGCCUGGCUGGGGUACUCGGAUGACACGCUGAAGCAGCUCUGCGCCGAGGCACUGAAGGACGGCUGGACCAGGUUUAAGGUAAAAGUUGGUGCUGAUCUCCAGGACGACAUCCGUAGGUGCCGACUCAUUAGAAACAUGAUUGGACCUGAGAAGAUUUUGAUGAUGGAUGCCAACCAGCGCUGGGAUGUGCCUGAGGCAGUGGAGUGGAUGUCGAAGCUGGUCAAGUUCAAGCCACUGUGGAUUGAGGAGCCGACCUCCCCAGAUGACAUUCUGGGACAUGCUGCUAUUUCCAAGGCAUUGGCCCCACUAGGGGUUGGCGUUGCCACGGGAGAACAGUGCCACAAUAGAGUGAUAUUUAAGCAGUUCCUACAGGCGAAAGCCCUGCAGUUUCUCCAGAUUGACAGCUGCAGGCUGGGAAGUGUCAAUGAGAACCUCUCAGUGCUGCUGAUGGCCAAAAAGUUUGAAAUUCCUGUUUGUCCUCAUGCUGGUGGAGUUGGCCUCUGUGAAUUGGUACAGCACCUGAUUAUAUUUGACUUCAUAUCAGUCUCUGCAAGCCUUGAAAAUAGAAUGUGUGAGUAUGUUGAUCACUUGCAUGAACAUUUCAAGCAUCCUGUGCUAAUCAAGAAUGCUUCCUACAUGCCUCCUAUGGAUGCUGGUUAUUCAACGGAAAUGAAAGAAGAAUCUGUAAAGCAGCACCAAUAUCCAGAUGGUGAAGUCUGGAAGAAGCUCCUUACUGCUCAAGGGAAUUAAGUUCUCAGCCCUCACACAUUCUUUUUUAAGUGAAAAGGCUUAAAAUUUCUUAGGUAUGGUUUUAUAUAUGGGGAGAAAAUCAUCCUAGUAAAAACGAAUCAGUUGAAAGUUAUGUCAACGUUAGGAAUCAGCUCAGUAGUCAUUAUUACUUGAUCCUUUAAACAAAGGCAUUCUCGUAUUUGAUUCUUAAAUAAAUUUAGACUUAAUUAACCCAAAGUCCAGGAAGAUUUUCUUACAAGAUUUUACCUUGCUGGUACAGACAUUAAACUGUACUUUGAAUAAAAGAAGCAUG